AGGUCCAGGAAGUGCGGCCCCACAAAGGUCAGGUGAUGGUGGCGAGGCGCAUGCGUGGACUGCUACAUUCUGAAACGUACCCGUCAGAAGUUUCCGAGAGUCAUCGUUUCUGUAACAGAGUCCAGGAUGCAUACACUCUCCGAUGCUGCCCGCAGGUUCACGGCAUUGUCAACGACACUCUGACCUUUGUGAGGAGUGUUCUCGCCACAGAGCUCAACAGUGCCACGGACAACCCUAUGGUAUUUGCCGACAUGAAUGAAAUCUUCUCAGCGGGAAAUUUUCACGGCGAAUACCCGGCUAAGCUUCAGCUUAGAAAUGGUCUGGAAAUCGCUUAA